AUGGCUGAAGUCGACCACGAGGUCAAAAUUGUUGCUGAUGAACAGUCUCUGGAAGAUGGUCAAUCAGACGUUGCAAGUAUCGCUUCCUCAAGCACCAGCAUCAGCGGCUCAAUCUUGGACUACCGGUUCGAAAAUGGGCGGACGUACCACCGUUACAAAGACAGGAAUAUGCAACAUCACAUAUGCCUCAUAACCCUCGGUGGUCGGCUCGGACUUGCACCUCCGUGCCAGCCUGACGUCAAGGUUAAUAGAGUAUUGGAUGUUGGCACGGGCACAGGAAUCUGGGCGAUUCAAUUCGGCGACGAUCACCCCGAAGCCGAGGCAAGCUCAAACAUGAUGAUGGAUUUUGGAUGCGUGUUGACUGUGGAUCAGGUUCUCGGCGUUGAUCUAUCAGCUACGCAGCCAGACAUCGUAGCUACGAACGUCAAAUUUGAAAUUGACGACAUUGACGAGGAGUGGACGUAUAACAUUCCGUUCGACUACAUCCAUAGUCGCUUCAUGUCGUCGAGCAUCGCAGACUGGAAGGUGUACCUCACUAAAUGUCUCAAUCACAUCCAACCUGGCGGUUUCCUCGAACUGCAGGAGCCAGAGAUGGAAUUCCAGUCUGAUGACGGAACGUUUCCUGCAAACUGCCCCUUGGCUAAGUAUGGCAACCUCCUCAAAGAAGCCGCCGCCAUCUUUGGCCGUGAGUACGUCUCUGUGUCUUCCUUGAAGACGCUGAUGACCGAGGUGGGCUUCAAAGACGUGACGCUGAGCCGGUACAAGUGGCCCAUCAACACUUGGCCCAAGGAUCCCUCGUUCAAGGAACUGGGCGCGUGGGGCUUUGAGAACAGCAAUGCUGGUCUUGAAGCUAUUUCCAUUGCGCCUCUGACGCGCGCCCACAAGUGGACUAGGGAGGAGGUGAAUAUUUUUUUGGCUGAUGUCCGCAAGGACCUGGCUAACAAGAAUUACCACACUUAUGUCCCCAUGUAA